GUGAUUUUGGGGGCGGGAUUUUUAAAUUCCCGGUUGCUGUGCCGCUGUUUUCAAUUGUUUUAACUGACACCACAGAUGACGGUUUGCUAGCUUAAAAAUGGCUUAUCUAGAGUUAAAUAUAGCCUGUUUGUUUUGAUUUUUAAUGGUAUUUUAUUUCGUUUUUAAUCGUUUUCGGUUUGUAAGUUAAAACUGUUAAAUGUAGGAUUUAAAUCACACUGCUCAGCUCUUGGAAACACUACAUCUCUAUCUACGGCCAUCAUGUAUGAUAAAGUUAGGAACAGCAAUGGGAUAGCAAAGGAUUUUCAGUACAAUCACAUCCGUGCACUGAGAAACAGAGGUGGAUUUAGCGUGGGUCCAGGGGAGGGUGUGUAAAACUUUGGGGGAGCCACAGCGGGACACAAAAGGGACGAGAUCCACUGGAGCAAGGAACUUGAUCAGGUUACUGAAAGUUCCCUAAGUUCAUCAUGGAAGUCGGCACGGUCGUACAAGAAGAAAUGAAAUUUCGUGGAGUUGAAUUUGCCGUUAAAGUGGAACUGCAAGAUCGCUUACUAACAGUCGAGAUUUCAGAUAUGAUGACAGCAGACCAGUGGAGUGGAGAAUUCGAUCCAGCCUACAUUGAAGAUCUCACUCGCAAAACUGGAAACUUUAAACAGUUCCCUAUAUUCUGUAGCAUGCUCGAGUCUGCAGUCAGUAAGUCUAGUGAGUCGGUAACGCUCGAUCUGCUGACCUACUCGGACCUGGAGCUUUUGCGGAACAGGAAGGCGGGUGUUGUGGGGAGGCCUCGUGCCCAGCAGCAGUCCCCUGCUCUCAGCGCUAAACGCUACCUCAUCCUCAUCUACACUGUGGAGUUCGAUAGGAUCCACUACCCUUUGCCACUGCCGUAUGUUGGUAAGCCUGAUCCUGCGACCCUCCAGAGAGAGAUCAGGGCUCUAAGGGCAGAACUAAAUGCCCUGAGGAUGCGAGGAGACCAUGCAGUGUCGGACCAAGAGACCCGCCGACUACGUGCAGAGUUGGCUGUGGUAAGGGAGGAGAAGGACGCGCUGGCCGAUGCUCUGGAGCGUCUGCGGGCAGUUGGGACUGGUUCCACUUCAGGGACUCGGGGGCUCAGGGAAGCAGUGCGCAGUCUAGAGGAGCAGCUUUUAAGAGAGAGAGCAAAAAGCCAACGCUCAGCAAGCAAGAGGAGUCAAGAACAGCGCCAUCUACUGGAGCAGUUGGAGGAGCUGAGGGCCUCGGAGCGAGCUCUACGAAUACGUGUGAAGAGUCUGACCACUGAGUUAGCCGUGUUGCGCCGGGGUCGGAUUACACCAGUUCUGGCAGGCCGGAGCGGGUCCAGGGGUGAGGGGGAUUUUCCACGUUCGGCCUCAAGGGAGCGCGUUUUACCCCGAGCGGGGAUGAGGGCUCGCUCAGGGUCAAGAGAGAGAGCAGAGGAUCGGAGCAGGAGGUCAGAAGAGAGAGGGAGAAGGUCAGGUUCUUCAGGAGCACGCAACCACUUCUCAAGACCUUCACCGUCUCCAACAGGGUCUCGUGGUCCACGAUUUGACCCAACAGCUUAUAUUCAAGAGCGACAACGACGCCAAAAAGAAACAGAACUCAAGAACCAAAGGAAGGUCAGAAGGGACAUGUUGGCAUCUCCAGCUCUGAAUGAACGGGGUCGCUCUCGGUCCAGAGAGCACGUUCCUCAGUUGAUCAGACGGGGGAGUGCCGGCCGGGGCAGGAGCACAUCUGUGGAGAGCAGGAGGAGUCGUCACUCUUCUGAAAGCUCAAUGGCUGAGUUUGAGGAUCUUGCUAAGCCUCUGAAUAGCAGAGGACGAAAACUGGCAUAUAAUGGUCCAGCUACGAUAAGAGGAAGACACUUGAACAAAAAGCCAAUGUGCAGCACUCCAACACAAAGAGUGAGAGAGAGUUCUGUGGAUGCAGGAGCAGACCUGUCUGAGAUCGACGCUCGGCUCCAGGCCCUGCAGGAGUACAUGAGAGACCUGGACACAGGACGCUAGCGAUAGUCGGUGGAUUUUAUCCCUUAGGGUUUUAUUGCACAAUCUGGUGGUGACAUUCAUCCGGAUGGACAAUCAUUUCUUUUAUCUCAUUGUUCAAAUACAGAUGCUGAAUUUUACCAGUCCUACAAGAUGAUAUGUGCAAUUAUGGAUAAAUCAUCUUUAAACUCUGAAAACAUGAGAUUUUUUUCCCCCAGUUGACUAUAGCGUGACUUGAAGGACUCAUAGGGUCCAUGUGACUGGUUGUACAUGCGUGUGUGUGUCAGUUAGGAUAUUUGUAUGUAGUGUAACUCUGUUUUAACCAAUUUGUACACGUUUUAUGACAUUUUUAUACAAAAAUUUUAAUGUCUUCCUUUGCCUACAUCUUUAACCCAUUUGCUCAAAUAAUGUUCCCUUAUGGUGGUGACACAUGAUGGGAUUUUUGUUUGAUUAAUUGAGAUCCACUCAUUUACAUAUAAAACCUUUCCAUGUUUGCCUUCAAACAUUAGAGCACAUAUACAAAGUUGUCAGAAAAGUUUACACGAUGUCUUCCUUUACCCAAGGUACAGUGGAAAUAAUCCACUGUAUGACUGAUCAGCUAAAGCAUGCUUAGUGUAGUUUGCUUUGACAGUUUUGGAACUACAAGGUAAAUAUUGCUAACAAGUAAUGGAGGCUUAGAGCCUCCUGUUUAGCAUUCCAAUCACCCUCUCCUUAAAAGACAUUGUUUGGGUCAGUUACAUCAUUUGUACAUAUAAUUUCAUAAAAUCACACAAAAAAACAUAUUGGAUUAAUAUGCAACUCCAACUUGAACUACAUUAUCACCUGAAUCACUUCUAGCACACAGGUUAACCUUUAGUAGGCCACGCCUCCUACCUGAGUCUGAUGCUGUUGUGUAGAGUGCUGAAAUAGAAAGUGAUUCUGUUUCAAGAUUGACCAUUUUCAUCUCUGUGACAUCCCUUUGUCCGUGUUUAUAGAUAUCAGUGUGUCAUCCAGUGUCAGAAAGCACUGAACCACGCUGACCAACUCCAUGUGUGAUGAUUUCAACAAGCAGUAGUUUCAAUACACAAUGCUAAACUGGUAGCUAUGCACUUCCAUUAUUUGUUAACAACAUUAACCUUGAAGCUCCAUUACAAAACUAUAGAAGCAAAAGUCUUAGACGAGUAAAACACUACACUACAUGGUGACCUGUAUGCUCCACUUAAUUGUUAGUGAACUAUAGACCACAUCAUGUAAUAUGCCCUAAUUUAUUUAUUAUUCCACCAAAAUGUUUUGAACUUCAUAUUUCAUAAAUCUGUUAUUUAGAGGCUCUCAGGUGUCAUGAAUAAAAUGAUUAGAAUGA